CUGCCUCGCCACUUCUUUGGCAGACAGCGCGAGCACCCCACAAGCAGUCGUAAUCUUUCGGAAGACAUUUUCAUUGGCUUUCGCGGAUUUUGGACGAAUUUUUGGGCUUCGCGUGCCUCUCCCUACUUUAAAAUGACCGCCCGCGGGCGUAAUGCGGACACUUCCGGUUGAAUGCGCGCAGUCUGAAUUUGAAAACCCACUCGGGAGCGAGCCUCGGAGAACCGAGAAAUUGCCGUCGCGAAAAAUUUUCCUCCUGGCCCUGGCCAGCAGCAGCCACACAGCAUUAGUGGUCGUGUGUGUGUGUGUGUUUGUGCGCGCGCGUGUGAGUGUGUGUGUGCGCGGAUUUUGCGUUGAAGUGCAGAACCGACCCGAAGAGCAGGAGGCCCACAUAUCACGGGAACAGUCUGGAACGCGGUGGCCGCAGUGACAAGUGCGACGGAAGUGCCGAAGAGUUACAAGUGAGUGGGGACCAGUUGGACGGUGACUUUCCCGAACAAGAAGAAAAGAGAGAGAGAGAAAAAAACAGUGAGGAGCAGAAGGCGGCGGGCGUAACGCUACCCGUGACGACGGAACCAAAACGCAGGAGGGAGGAGAAACGUCAAACUUGACGUCGCCUCCGGGAGUGACAAAUGUUCCGGCGCCGGAUCCAGACAGACUGUUUCCUAUCUGUUGCGAAAUCGUCGUCGUCGUCGCACACAGCUCGUCCCGUUAAGGCACCAGUAGCAUCGGCGUCGUCCUCUUCGUCGUCGUCGUUCCUAGCUUUUAUCACAGGAACUAGAACCAAUCGACCGUGCUGCGCGGCCGAGGUGACCAACCACCAGCAGCAGCAUUUUUCGAAUUUACCGAUAUUAAAUAUUCAGUAAAUAGAAACACAAACACACAUACAGUUUACUCAAUAGAAGAUAGAAUUGUGUAUUAAAGCGAGAGGAGAAGCAGGAACGAAGUGUAAUCAAAUUACCAAAGUAGUGGCUACUACUAGUCGUGAGUGUGGAGGAAGUUCCAACACCAAACCCCAGCAUGGAACGUGGAGAUCGACCAGACCGGAGUCCGAAGCGUUCGUCAAAACAUCCGAAGAAGCACUCGAAGAAGAGCAAAAAAUCCAAACGGCGACGGCACGCGUCCAGCGACGAGGAUCGGCCCGACCACGAGGACCAGUCACAGGCGCCGUCCUCGAGCGAUGAACGGCGAGCGGAGCGAAGGGCCGGAAAUGGUGGCGGAGGCGGAUCGUCCAAAGGCGGAGGAGGAGGAGGAGGAGGAGGAGGAGGUGGUCCGGUGGUCGAGUAUUCGGACGUAAGUUCGGACGAUUUCAGCGCACCGGAAGCCGGCGAGAUUGAGUCGGAUGGCGGUGGCAGUGUGUCACCACCCUUCGGCGCUACGGCCGCCGGGGCCGGCGGAAACGAGUCCAGCAGCAACUUUGGCCGGACGACUGCGAGCCGCAACGAGACGGUUAAAUUGUACAGUAAGAACAUCUCACAGAUUCAGCACGAGCGCAGCAGCAGCAGCAGCAGUGCAGCGGGACCGGCGGCGGGCGAUGCGGCGGGAGUCGUCAGCAGUAGCAGCACUAGCACGACACCGGUUCCGCCGCCAACGUUGGCCGAGCUCAUCUCGCAAGGUGCUGCUCCGACCGGUUCCGUCACCGUGACGGACAGUGGGCGAAGGGUCAGCAUCACUGCCACGUCGCCAAUCAGCCAGUCGUCACAUUCGCAUUCUUCCCGGUCCAAGCGUAAAAACUCAAUAUCAUCCGAUACUUCCUCUAUAAAACAGGCCUCGAAGCACCACCACCAUCGCCAUCAUCACAGCAGCGGCAGCAGCAGUCACCACAAUCAGCGGCACCGUCAAGCGGAGGAGGAAGAAGAAGAAGACGAAGACCAGGUCCACAAAGAGCUGGACACGCCGGCAUCGCCCACCGAAGAGCCGGAACCGGAACCCGAGGGCGACGGCCACGGUGCCGAACUGAUGAUGGACGAAGAACUGGACGACGAGGAAGAGUACGAAAUCGUCGAGGAAGAAGAGGAAGAGGAAGAGCUGGAGGAAGAGGACGAGGACGAAUCCGGUGGCCGGAAGCGCAAGAAGAGCAAGAAAGACAAAAAGCACAAGAAGAACAAAAAGUCCAAGAAGCGAAAAAAGAAGCGCGCCCGAUCGCUGUCCAGCGUGGAGACCAUCUCGGAGAGCGAAAACUCGCUGCUGGAGUGCAUGGAAUCGUUGACGCCGCCCCUCAAGGCCAGCCCCGACGAGUACGAAAAAACGUACACGCCGGUGCGGAAUGUGACGAACGCCGGCGAGGAGAGCCUUACGCCGAUGUCACCAGGUGGCUUGAAGAAAAAGAUUAAUAGAUAUGCGCUUAUUAUUUCUUCGUUGUAUUCUUUGAAAAGCGGAGACCAAAAUGACGCCACGCCCCCAAUUCGACCGUCGAGUCGUUCCGUCAACAGCCCGUACGUGGACCACCACCAGCAGCAGCAGCAACAGCUGUCGCAGCAAUCGUCCGGCCGCGGUGGUCGAAGUCCACCUCCCCCGUCCGGCGGUCACCGGGGCAUGACUUCGUCGUCUUCGUCAACGUCCCGCAAGCAGCGCUACCAAUCGACGUCCUCGCCCCACACGCCCCCCGUUGGAUCGGCGGGAAGUGGUGGCCGAAAGGGCGGUUCGUCGUCCCAUCUGCCGCACGUUAGUCCGAUUGCGAUCAGUGACAGUCCGACGCCGCGGGGAGGUGGUGGCGGUGGCGACGGAAGUCGGGGACGGCAUCGACACGGCGGAAGUCCGUCGUCGAAUCGGCAUGGGUCGCACGCCCGCAAGAGUACCAGUCCGAAUGGCCGCCACAAGCCGUACACUCCACCGCCGGCGAAACGGCGAAGGGAUCGGUCACCGCCGGAGAAGGACUACUACCGGAAGGACAAGCGGUACCGGGCGCCCCGGGAACCGGAAUGGAAUCAGCACGAUCGGCGUGGUUCGCCAACCAGGAGGAGUCCCAGUCCGGUCGAACGUAGCAGCAGUCACCGCCGGCGAAAGUCACCCUCGGGGAGCAAGUCACGUUCGCGCAAGGGCUACUACCACAGUCCGUCGCCUUCGGAUCGAAGUCGUAGCCGGGCUCGGUCGAGGCACCGAUCACGCAGCCGCGAUCGGCGCUACUCCAGCGGAAGCCGGUCCCGAUCACCGUCGGGUCUAACCGGAGCGGCGAAGAAGUUCGACAUCAAGGAGAAGAUUACGGACACCAGCUUCUUCGCCGAGCUGAUCAAGGACAAGCACAAGCGGCUCAAGACGCUCAAGGAAAUCCUGGAGAAGAAGGAGGGUGGUUCGGCGGCGGGGCCGGAUGGCGGUGGCGUGGUCAACGAAAACAGCAUGUCCAACGACUUUGUGGCGGCGGCGGCUGGGGGGAUGAAUGAAGUCGACAGCAGUGCGAUGGUGGCUGCGACGACGGUAAAUUCCAAUGGAAUGAAGGACAUUCGGGACAUUCCGAUGCCGGAGCAGGGCGGCGACCAGGCGCUGGUCAGUACGACGACGUCGAUGGACACGGUAGACAACAUGCCGUCGCUGACCUCGUUGGAAGGUUCAGACUCACGAAUACCUGUGAUAUUGAAUAGUCAAAGCAGCGAAAGUCUCAAUCAAAGUGCCAGCCUAUCGAGCGAAUCCAUCAGUACGAUGCUGAACGCGGCUUCGUUGGUCGCGGAUUCGGCCUCGAAACCACCUCCACCUCCCCCGCCAACGUCGGCCCCGCCACCAACGGUUGCAACCGUAGUACCUUCCAACAAACCAAAAAGUCUUACGAAUCUGCCGAUGCCACCGGGCGUGAACGUGGCCGAGCUGGAGGGCGCUCAAACUCCAAGUCCGCCGCGGCCACUCAGCCCGGUAGCCGGUGCUCAAAUGAAGGUGAUGCCCAUUCCGACGCUGACCACGACCGGGGCCAUCACGAUGCCCAACAACAAUAGCAGCAGCAGCAGCAGCAGCGCCAACAAUAGUCACCACAACAGGCAAUCGAAACCUGGCUCGGCUAGUAAACGUUCCAGCAACGAGCACCGAGGGCCUUCCUUUUCCGCGACCAGCCUAGCAGCGGCCUCGACCUCAUCCUCCUCGUCCUCUUCGGUCAAAAAGGGCCUGCUGAAUCUGCCGAUGCCUCCGAUGGUGCCCGGUUCGGAGGAUCUCAGCGGUGACGAGGACAUCGGUUCGCCCCCGUCCGUGUCCGGAACGCCCACCAAGCGGUCCUCCGGCAAGUACGGCAGCAAAUCCGGUUCCAGCAAGAAGCCCAAAGGUCGGCCCCGAAUCCUUAUGCGGAGACAUUCGCGCAAUAUGCUCGGACCGAUGUCGGCCUCCGGCGGCAAGGACUGGGGUGAACGCGCCGUCGACGUGUUUGACAUGAUCGAGCAGAUCGGCGAGGGAACGUAUGGACAGGUGUACAAGGCCCGUGACCAGGAGACGAACGAGCUGGUGGCGCUCAAGAAGGUCCGGCUGGAGCACGAAAAGGAGGGCUUCCCGAUUACGGCGGUUCGGGAGAUUAAAAUUCUGCGCCAGCUCAACCACAAGAACAUUGUGAACCUGCGGGAGAUCGUCACCGACAAGCAGGACGCGCUCGAGUUCCGGAAGGACAAGGGCUCGUUCUAUCUGGUGUUUGAGUACAUGGACCACGAUCUGAUGGGGCUGCUGGAGAGCGGCAUGGUGGACUUUAACGAGCAGAACAACGCGAGCAUUAUGCGGCAGCUGCUGGACGGGCUCAACUACUGCCACAAGAAGAACUUCCUCCACCGGGACAUCAAGUGCUCGAACAUCUUGAUGAACAACAAGGGCGAAGUGAAGCUUGCGGAUUUCGGUCUGGCCCGCCUCUACAAUGCGGACAACCGCGAGCGGCCCUACACCAACAAGGUCAUCACGCUGUGGUACCGACCGCCGGAGCUUCUCCUUGGCGAGGAGCGCUACGGUCCGGCCAUCGACGUGUGGAGCUGUGGCUGUAUCCUCGGUGAGCUGUUCCUCAAGAAGCCGCUGUUCCAGGCGAACCAAGAACCCGCCCAGCUGGAGAUGAUCUCGCGCCUUUGCGGCACUCCGACGCCGGCCGCCUGGCCCAACGUCAUCAAGCUGCCGCUGUUCCACACGCUCAAGGCGAAGAAGACGUACCGGCGGAAGAUCCGCGAGGACUUUGUCUUUCUGCCGGCGUCCUGUCUGGACCUGCUGGACAAGAUGCUUGAGCUGGACCCGGACAAGCGGAUAACGGCCGAGGCCGCGCUCAACUCGGCCUGGCUCAAGAACGUCGUGCCCGACCAACUACCGCCCCCGCAGCUGCCCACGUGGCAGGACUGUCACGAGCUGUGGAGCAAGAAGCGGCGACGGCAGCUACGCGAACAGCAGGAAUCUGCCGCGAACCUGCCCCCGGGGAAGCCUCCCCUGUUGAAGGCACCGGCCGGUGCGGUCGGUUAGAUGUCGGAGAUUUCAACAGUAGCAGCAGCACCACAAGCUGGGUCAGGUUCGUGGCUGACAAUAAAGUGCCCCUUGGACCGUUUUGGGUGGGUGGGUUGAGGCCGCCUAGCCCACUCGCCGGUCCUCAAGAGAAUCCCAAUCAAACCAGAAGAAGGAAGAAAGUGCGUGAGUGCGAGAAUGACGAAUGCUUGCCGCGGGAAGCUGGUCCUUAUCCGCGAAUCUGCUGUCCGAGGGACAAGGGCCAACCCCCGUCGGGUUUCCCCUGUGGCUGGUUGUUGAUUGUUUGAAAAAAAAAAAACUAUUUUCUUUUUUCUUUUUCGGAGGGAGGGAACAAACACAAUAGACUUAAACAGUGGAAGCUGGAGUUUUUUUUCUUUUCUAUUUUUACGAAAUGAAGCAAAAGAGCGUGAAAGAGAGAAAUAGCGAGAGCAAGCGAGCGAGUGAGUGCGGUUGUGGAAGGCAAAACAAAAUGUAGAACAAUAGUGUAUAGAAAAAUAUAGUUAGUAGAGAACCUGUACUAAAUGUAAGUAUAUCAAGAAACAAACGAUGAGAUGAGUUACAAAGCGAAUCAGAAGAAAAUCUACACAAACUGAAUAAAAAACAAUGGGCUGGCAAGCGGGAAGCGUAAAACUAUUGAAGAAAAAAAAACCUAUAAAGAGAUCCUAGCCAGUAGCCUUUUUCUUGUACAUUUGUUAUCUAAGAUGGUUACGUGCUAAACAAAAGGCAAAAAUCAUAUUUUUCAUUUUUUGUUAUCGAAGAAAUAAAAAAGAUUACGUUAGAAGUUGAGAUGAAAGCAAAAGACUCAACCAAACUAUCAGAGCAAAUAAUCUCUCCAAACUUUGUGUUUUUCUUUCACCUGCUGGGCGCGCGCGCGACUGUAAUAAAGUCGAGAUUUAGUCGAGUACAAACAACCAAAAAAA